AGAAUCAAAUACAUGUCAUAGAUAAGGGUUGAGCAUAUUUGUUAGAAUUGCUAUUGAAAAUAAUACAAGCUUGGUUAGAAUUAUAUAUCAGUAUGUGAUGGUAGUUUGAUGACAUGCACAUGUUGGCUCUGACCGACUCCCAGGGACUGAUGGGCAGGACCAAAAUGGGACAAAUUACGUUAUUGCACACACUGGUAGAUGGAGUGUGUCACCGCUGUCAGCCGUCUUACCAGGAGUACAGUGACGUAUGGAGUCUACAGCAAUGGUGGAGUAUAGUGGAUACCUACCAGUCUCUCAUCAAGGCGGCAGUCAGAGGGGCCCUGACCAAAGAUAUGAUAAACCAAGAACUAGGAGCCUUGUCGGAGGAUUUAAAACAGAUUGUUGUGGAUGUUAUUAACUCACGUCGAGAGGAAAUUCAGGAUCAACUUCUGGGAGAAACUCAUAACAUCUCGCAAGCUGUCCUAAGUGAUUUUGAUUGGAAAGUCAAGUUAAUCAUGUCCAGUGACAAGAUUUCCUCAGUCCAGGAACCAGUUGUCUCCCUUGACCUGGAUAUUGGUUUGGGACAGGACAGUAAGAUACAUUCCAUAGAGCUUGAUAAGGACGAGCUUGGCAAGCUAAUCUCCAGUCUGGAAGGUGCUAACAAGGUAGUUCAACAAUUGAAAGCCUGACUUCAGUGGUUACUAGAAUCAAUCCUGCUUUGCAACUAAUUAUCGUCAAAUUACACAGUUCAAAGGUCAUGUACAGUGUUAGUACAGGAACAAUUACAAAACAAUUAAAAUUAUGACUGAUUUCUGUUGGUCCCCUGAGUGGUAUUGCAGGUGUGACUGGAAAUAGUUCUUGCCAUUCCGUCACGACAUAUUUGGAUGCUUAUGGGUGUACAAAUGUGAUGAAUGGUAUUGUUGAUAGAUGGAAAAUAAUUUAUUUUAUAAAGAUUGUUUUUUCAAUACCCAAGUGCGGCAAUGAAUGUAGCUGUAUCAGGUUUAAUCAAGAGUUUUGAUUCAAUUUCACAAAUCUUGUUCCUGGUGAACAAAACAUUGAGAUUACUCCUAGCAGUAGUGUUGCAACUUGAAAUUUACAGAAAGUCAGAUAGAAAAAUAAUACAGGUACUGGCUUUGUAUUGAAGUGAGUGUAAACCAGAACAAAAGUUAACUCAAUUCACAGGUCUGUCAAUUCAAUCUUCAUGACUUCAGUAUAAAGAUUGUUCUAGAGAAAUAAAAAUCAUUCCAUUUCUACAAAAAAUCUUUUCCAAGCAACUUUACUUUCACUGACAAAUGAUACACACCAUGCAGUGUAUUUGUAAGGGCAUAGUGUAUUUAUUACAUAAAAUGUAAUUAAAUAUUUACUAAUAAUAAUUAUGCCCAAUUUCUAAGUUCUUUGAAUUACUCAAUAAAUCUUCUGUCCAAAUAGUAGACAGCUUACACAGUGAUUUUGUAUCUAUUUUCUUAUUUCCAACAGUUUGAAUGAAAUUGAUAAUUUUUUUAGGUCACUGGGGGAUCAAAUUUGCGUUAAGGACUUCUGAAUAACUAAAGAAGCCCCAGGAUAUACUGGAGCUUUAGUGUGCUGUUACGUAGAUCUACCAAGUUUAUUUUAAAGGUCACUGGAUCAAUGUGAUCACACCUUUUUCAACAACUACUGAGUAAGUUUAGCGGCUUGUAGAGGUCAGUAACAUACUGUGAUGAAGGUCUAUCAAAUUCAAAGGUCAAAAGUAAGGGUAAACUGUUUUAAUAACUUUCCACUUUUUUCCCCAUAAAGAUCAAUACUUAACAGUCUCCUAACAGAGGGUCAUCCUGUCUGACGAAAUCCAUGUGUACUUUCUACCAAUUUUUAUUAUUAAAAGGUGCAACAAUUAGUGUGUGUUGCAUAUUAGCUCUGGCAAGCAACCAAGAUGAAAGGCCAGUACAGCAAGCAACUUUGAGAAGUUACUGUAACAGAUUUUGCAAUGACCUGCAUGUGAAUACAUUAUAAUAAUUUUCAUGUUCAUCAUAAUUGUGUAUAGUUCUUUUAUCAAUUAUGAACAGGUGGCUUAAGUUACCCUGUAAAUGUAGGUGCAUCAUCUUGAUAAUGCUAUGAUAUUGUGCAAUAAAUAUUAUUUUAUGAAGAU